GUGUGUGUGUGAGUUCGCCCGCCCGCCGGUUGGUUAUUUGUGAGCUGAAUGUAAACACAGUGUAAAGCGGCUGCAGAUUAAAUAUCCCACCGCAGGAACAUCAUCAAGUGUAAAUAAUGAAACCGCGCCACGGUGUAAAUCUGCCUGCAGCAAAACAUCUCUGAGUCACAGCGCGGAAUUUUACUGGAAUUUUUAGUGAAACGCAGAGAGACAGAAACAAACCGUUGUGAAGGAGUGAGCCAAUCAGCUCCUCUGCCAUGCCGGUGUGUGAUAUCUGCAGCGAGCAGCUGGCAUGUGACUCGGAGCUGAAGACUCACCUGCUCCUGACACACCUGGAGGGUGAGGUAAAGUGUCCACUCUGCCCACUCUCCAGUGUUUCUUACGAUGAGCUGAACUUCCACAUCAACACAGCACACAGCGAGACAGGUAGUCAACACACACCUGCUACAGGUGAAACAGGACCAGAGUGUGAAUUGGAGACCGGAGCAUGUUCAUCCACUGUGUCCCAGUCAUCAGAAACUCAUGAUGAAGUGAAAAAGCCAAUCCGUAGACCUGCAGGUGAACCCAGCGGUCAUGAUGGAAAACCUGAAAAUACUCAAGAAAAUAAAAUGAUGGAGCCUUAUGCUUCAAAACAGCGACGCCUGACCUCCCCAAGCAAAGGCAGAGCAUUCUCUUGUCCUCUGUGUAAUCUGGUCUGCACUGACUGUUUCGUGCUGCAGGAACAUGUGGAGCUUCACCUGGACUGUAGCCUUUCAGGGGAUUUUUAUGGAGACCUACAAUUUGCUCAGCAGCUGCAGGAGGAAGAUGAGCACCAGAGGAAGGACGAAGAAGCAAAACGUGAGGCAGAGGAGUUCAGACAGCUACAGAGGCAGUUUGGACUGGAUAAUGGUGGUGGUUAUCGUAAGCAGAUGGAGAGGAGCAUGGAGCGAGCUGUGUCCCAAGGUCGCAUGACUCUAGCUGAGUUUUACAUGAAGCGAAUAGAGAUGACGGAGACUCUGGCUGCAGGUUUGGAUGACGGCCAAACCAGAACCACAGGAUUGCUGUCAGCACUGUAUAAUUUUUACCAGCAUGAGAUUCAGGACGGGGCCCGGGUGUGGCUGUGUUCUGAAGCAGACCACUUUUCCUCCUCAGAUGGAGACCGAGGUUGGGGCUGUGGUUACAGAAACUUCCAGAUGCUUCUGUCCUCAUUACAGAGACUGGAACAGUACACCAUGCUUCACACCCUGCCAGACUCAUUUCCCAGCAUCCCACGGGUGCAGGCUCUGAUUGAGGCAGCAUGGUCAGAGGGCAUCGAUCCCCAGGGUGCGUCUCAAUUCAACGGGAGACUGAAGGGCACUCGUGCCUGGAUAGGGGCCACAGAGAUCUAUGCUAUAUUUACCUCCCUCCAGUUGAGGGCACGCAUCAUAGACUUCCACCAGCCCACUGGUCCAGGUAACACACACCCACGACUGUUUCAGUGGGCAAAGAAUUAUUUUUCCCACCCGUCCAGCACAGGUGCCAGACUUCCACCCAGAGUAGUGAAGACGAACUUGCCACCGAUCUACCUCCAACACCAAGGUCACAGCCGCUCCAUAGUUGGUGUGGAGCAGAGGAGGAAUGGCAGUAUAUGUAUACUGGUGUUCGAUCCAGGCUGCUCUCCAGCUGAAAUGAGGAAGUUUCUAGAUCUAAACACAAGCUCCUCCCAUUUUAAUCGCCUGCGCAGGUUCCCCACCCACCUAAAACACCAGCAAUACCAAGUGGUGGUGGUGGAAGGUGUGCUGUCUGAAGAGGAGAAACAGGAGCGUCUUAUUAACUCAAGAACAUUUCAUGCUGAAAAGAUUCCUUGAUGUUUCUGUACAAAUCAGCGUGUUAAAAUGGACAUGCUGAACAUGUGUGGUUUUGAGUGAAUAUCAUGUCUUUACUCAGAUAAUAAACUGUAGUAAUAUAUAAUUUUUUUUUUUUUAAAUCUAGUACCAUAGUUUUUACUUUUUGAGUAGUUUUUAUUAUUGCUUUUUCAAAAUAUUAUUAGAGAGCCAAGUGCUUAAUGCUUGGAACCUUCUUUUCCUCAUUUAAAAUGUUUUUUCUUUUUGUUUUGUUGUUUUUCUCCCAUUAAACUGAUUGUGAACUGGCGGUGGUGGUAGACAUGAAACUUGGUCAGUUUUUUUACACACACACACACACACACACACACACACAAUAUACAGUUUUUUUUUUUUCUUUUUAAUUGUUUUUGUCCUGUUUUGUUUUAUGUUGUGCAUUGUGGUAUUGUUAUUUUUUGGUCUUGUUUCAGUAAAUGUUUAGUUGUAAUGUGUCUGUAGAUAGGCUAUUAUUAUUAUUAUUAUUAUUAUUUUUUUUUUUUUUUUUUUUUUUGGUCACCUGCCUAGGGACAACGGAUGAAAAUUAGCGGUUAUGCUAACUCCGGUGUCUUUUACACUAUGUAUUUUAUACUAAUGUUCAUUAAGAUGUAAUGUCCCUAUCGAAUAAACUAAUAAAAUAAAAAUAUAUUUCAAUA